GUCUCCAGGAGCCGACCGCGCCGCCGAGGAAGCGGCGCCUGCAGAAGCGGGGCAGGGAGGGAGGGAGGAGGACCGCGGGGAGCGCGGUGCGUCUGGCUCCGCGUCCGUAGCUGCUCCUUCUUCCGCCGCAAUGAAGCGCCCUUGUGAAGAGACGACCUCCGAAAGCGAUCUGGACGAGACCAUUGACGUGGGGAGCGAGAACAAUUACUCCGGGCACAGUACAAGCUCAGUGAUGAGGUCAAAUUCACCGACAACCACCUCUCAGAUUAUGGCAAGAAAGAAAAGGAGAGGGAUCAUAGAAAAAAGGCGUCGGGAUCGAAUAAAUAACAGUUUGUCUGAAUUGAGAAGACUAGUGCCAACAGCUUUUGAAAAACAAGGAUCUGCCAAGUUGGAAAAGGCUGAAAUAUUGCAAAUGACAGUGGAUCAUUUGAAGAUGCUUCAGGCAACAGGGGGUAAAGGCUACUUUGACGCCCAUGCUCUUGCCACGGACUUCAUGAGCAUUGGAUUCCGAGAGUGCUUGACAGAAGUGGCUAGGUACCUGAGCUCCGUGGAAGGCCUUGACCCAUCGGACCCAUUACGUGUGCGCCUUGUCUCUCAUCUCAGCACCUGUGCCUCUCAGCGGGAGGCGGCAGUGAUGACAUCCUCCAUGGCCCACCACCAUCACCCCCUGCACCCUCACCACUGGGCAGCGGCUUUCCACCAUCUCCCCACAGCCCUGCUCCAACCAAAUGGACUCCACACAUCGGAGUCAAGCCCAUGUCGCCUGUCCACAUCUUCAGAAGUGCCUCCUGCUCAUGGCUCUGCCGUCCUCACAGCAACGUUUGCCCAUGCAGAUUCUGCUCUUCGGAUGCCAUCAACGGGCACCGUCGCACCCUGCGUGCCACCUCUCUCCACCUCUCUCCUGUCUCUUUCGGCCACUGUGCAUGCCGCAGCUGCAGCGGCCACCGCAGCUGCACACAGCUUCCCUCUGUCCUUCGCUGGGGCCUUUCCCAUGCUCCCAUCCAAUGCGGCGGCAGCAGCCGCGGUUGCUGCUGCCACAGCAAUCAGCCCACCCUUGUCAGUGUCGGCAGCAUCCAGUCCUCAGCAGACAAGCAGUGGGACAAACAGUAAACCUUACCGACCCUGGGGGACAGAAGUUGGAGCCUUUUAAGUUAUUCUUGAAUCUCUUUGCAAUAGUAACUGAUGUCCUCCAUCCAUUUCAGAGUCAGCUUCAAACCUCUGCGCCCUGAAGGUAAUCCUACAGAUAUGUACAGAUCCACACAGCAUCAGUAAAGUGAUUUGAGAAGCAAACUUCGCACAAAUGGAAAUGUAGUAUUUUUUUUCCUUUGUUUAAGGCAGUUGCAAUUGACGUCAGCAACUUGAAAGCAGCACACCUAUCUCCAUUUAAGCUUUUUAUUUUUUUUGAAAAGACACCGAUGUCACCAUCCAGUGGUGCAUUAAUACUCCUGACUUGGAAAAGAAAAACUCUUGUAACUGAGCUCUCCUGAUGCUAGAAGGGAGAAGAAAAAUAAAAAAUUACCAUGUUUUCUAAGUGCCUGAACUAAGGAAUGUAAUGUCGCACAAGAUCAGAAGGGUAUAGCUGUUAGGUAGAGAAAAGGAGCGAGCAGACAAUGCAUUGGGAUGCAGAUACAGUGUUCUUUGGAAACCAACAGGUUUUAUUGGCCAGAAAGAUGAAUGAAAAUUAAGUCAAAACACCUAGUUUCAUCUUUGUUUUCUUUAUACAGACUUGCCAUGCAGUGACAUUUAGCAAUGCACUGAAAUAAGCAAUUCUGCCAGAGCCGCCCCCCCUCCCCUUAACAAGCAUUCCUGCUCUGCCUUCAAGGUUCCAUACCUCUGGUGAGCCCUGGCUUAAAACACAAUGCUUCUUUAUGUAACCUUACAGGUACACAAUGCACUAGAAGCAGUUCCCUACUGUGCGCCCACCAGAGGCUCAUUCAUGCCAACUCAAAAACUCUUCAGUUUGCAAGAGUUUGGAUUAAUUUAUUUCACUUGGACUAUUUUUAUAUAUUUAACUUCUUUGGUUUUCUCCUGACAACGUGUAAUGUCUGUUCUUGUCUGUUUGGAGGUGGAGAUGUUGUAUUUCUGGAAGUAAGUCGAUAAGGAGGGAUGAUAUGGAAGGGAAAAGCUACAUGAUGUAAAUGCCCUGGUCAAGUUAAAGAUUGCAUUUGAUCCCAAAUCACAACGAAUGUAUGAAGUGAGGUGUACAUAAAUUAUUUUUGUCCAUGCCUAGAUUAGUGCUACAUAAUGGUGUUUUGGUUUGGAUUUUUUUAUAUUGUUUAAUGACAAAAUAAUCUCUUAAUACGUUGAAAUUGAGCACAUGAGAUUUUAUAUUUGAAAGAUAAAGACACAGCAUGUAUUCUUAUGCACUUCAUUUCUCUGCUGUGUGGAGAAAGCAAUAAACAAGAGAAUAUUAAACAUUAUGCAAAGUUAUACUCAUAAAUAUGUUUUUAAAGUUACUGUACCUAGUCUUUUCUGUAUUACUUUGUAACUUUUUUUCUAUGCAAAAGUCUAUGUUUCACUAAUUAAAUGAUGUCCUUUUUGACUA